CUGCAGAAAAAGAAGGACCAAACACGCCAUUAUCAAUUUAUCGAAGAGAGAAGGAUAAACCAAAGACAGAGCUGACGUUGUAAACAAACCAGAACAAAGCUAAAGCAGCCAUCCUCUUGUCAGAUUUUGCUAUUUCGAGGCUCUUUCCUUGGCACUCUUUUCGGUACUCUUUUCCCCUCCCCUAUCUUCCUUUCUCUCUCUAUAUUUCACAAAUUUUAUGUCUUUGAUUGUUGACCUGUACUUUACAAACCCAGAAAGACCUUAACUUUGGGUUCAGGAUAAGAGAUGAGUACAUUGGAUGCAACUAGAGCCGAACUUGCUCUUGCAGUUCUUUAUCUGAACAAGGCUGAGGCCAGGGACAAGAUAUGCAGGGCGAUACAAUAUGGUUCUAAAUUCUUGAGUAAUGGACAACCCGGGACAGCCCAAAAUGUUGACAAAACGACUAGCUUGGCACGAAAAGUUUUCCGUCUUUUCAAGUUUGUGAAUGAUCUUCAUGGUCUGAUUAGUCCAACUGCUCCUGGAACUCCUCUUCCACUUGUUCUGCUUGGAAAGUCCAAAAAUGCAUUGCUGUCAACUUUUCUGUUUCUUGACCAAAUUGUCUGGCUUGGCAGAACAGGCAUCUAUAAGAACAAAGAACGUGUUGAGCUAAUUGGCCGUAUAUCUCUUUACUGUUGGAUGAGUUCCUCAGUUUGCACCACUUUAGUUGAGGUUGGGGAGCUAGGAAGGCUUUCUGGACAAAUUAAAAAGUUGGAGAAGGAUCUGAAGACCGGCGACAAGUAUCAAAAUGAGGCGUACCGUGCUAAACUCAAAAAAUCGAAUGAAAGGUCACUAGCCCUGGUUAAAGCAGCCUUGGAUACAGUGGUUGCAAUUGGGUUGCUUCAGUUGGCACCUAAGAAAAUCACUCCUCGUGUUACUGGAGCCUUGGGAUUUACUACUUCUCUGAUCUCUUGUUAUCAGUUGCUUCCAGCUCCAGUGAAGGCUAAAACAUCCUAAGAGCAGGUCAAUGAGCUUCAGUGUCCUAAUAAUUGUUUAUCUGUGAUAUGAAUAUUUUUUAGUGCAAAAGUUUGAACAAUAUGCAAACUAGGAGGGUGAACUUGCAACUUCACUUGUAUUUUGUCCCCGUCCAUGUAAUGCUCUCUUCAAUAGAAAUAAUGUUUUUCCGUUUUCAUA